AUGAAUGAAACCAAAAACGCCAAAAUAGGAAUAAGAGAGAGAGAGAGAGAGAGAGAGAGAGAGAGAGAGAGAGAGAGAGAGGAGUACCUGGUCAGCAACAAGCCAAGGAGCCGCCUCUGA